AUGUCUUUCAAUGCGUUCAAUUGUAAAACUCCGGAAGAAGAAGAAACCCCUGACCAAGGCAGGGCAGAAGAUAGGUUAUGUACUUAUAUGUUUUCUUGCCCUGUUGAAGUAAACGUAUGGUUGAAUGAGCUCUCAGUCUGCAACUUAAUGGGGAAGAUAACAACUAAAGCCGAUGUCUACAGCUACGGAGUAGUGUUAAUGGAACUCUUUACAGGACUUACAGCUCUUGAUGAGCGUCGCUCUGAGGAAAGCCAGAAGCUUAAAGCCGCGAUCGAUCCUCAACUUGACACCACUGAGGAAACUCUUGAAAGCAUCUCCAUUAUAGCUGAACUGGCCGGGCAUUGCACUGCAAGGGAACCUAACCACCGGCCUGAUAUGUGUCAUGCGGUGAAUGUGCUUUCCCCACUGGUUGAGGAAUGGAAACCUACCAUUGAUGAAUCAGACAAUAGUUUCGGCAAUGACAGUAGCCCACCCCUCCUCCAGAUGUUAAAGGCGUGGAAAGAAUCAGAAAGUUCAACCGUCAGCUAUAACAGUCUUAGUGACAACAGCAAGGGAAGUAUUCCAGAGAGGCCGGCUGGCUUGGCAGACUCCUUCAAUUCUGCCGAUGCCCGAUAAAUAAAGGAAACAUUAGAGCCAUGAUGGUUCCAGUACAAGUUGUAUGUUUAUGAUUUUGUGUCAAUAGAUCUCCUUUGUUAUUCUACAUAGAAGAAUACAUCUCCUCCAAUGGUUAUCCAUAUAACUGAACAUAGUUUUCAAACAAUCAUCGACCAUAUUACACAAAUACAGCUCUUAUCAGGAUAAAAAUUAUAGUACAUACUUAAAAAAAAAACAAGGUACAUAUAUAUCUCCAACAAGCCACACGUAUCAGAACUCAAUCACUCUAGCCACCCAAGUACCACAAUCAAACUUUAAAAAGAAAGAACCAAAAACAAGAGACCAAAGUCUCGCCAAAGCAAGACAAACGUCUGUGAAGCUCAAAGACAAACAAGGUAUAACAAUUGGUUGUAUGAUACAUAUAUCCUAUAUGCACAAACCAAAUAGAAUGUAAGAAGGGGGGAAAUACAUUUUCUACUACUUUGAAUUUAAGCUUCUAAGCCCAUCUUCUUUCUAGUUUUCCCCACAAAUAAGUCUCUGGAUUUCAUCACGCCAGGAAUACACCCAAUCAUAGU